GUGUUUCAUUUGGAUUUUAGUGGGGUUAUUCAGGCUGGAUGAGAACAGACGGAGGAAAAAACGCUUCAGCUGGGCAGCAUCGCUUCGCAGGCUGAAAAAAUGAUGCCUCGCUCGGUCACAACGGGAAAGACGCAGCCUCGGCUUUAAACGAUAUUUUCCGCUCCCAGGUGCCUUGUCGUCUUAAAACAGGUAUUUUUCGUUAAACAUUGCAAAGGGAAGAUGAUGUUAGCUUGGUUGGUGGCGUUGUGUAUUUUUUUAAUUUAUUUUUUAUUGCGGUAACACAAAGGCAGCGAAGCGGAGGGUAACGGGUUAUCGUGUAAAUACGGGUUAAAAGGCCGUGGACACGGGAUGAAAAUACACAAUUAGACAAUAAUAAACAGUCACUAUUUGUUUAUGAUAAACUGCAAUGGUAUAGCGUUGCCACACCAGGGGCCUGCGCCUUUAUGUUAUCACCAUAUUGACCCGAUAUUGCUAGAAACAACAGCGGCACACAACCAGUGUCAAAUUCAACAAAAUAAAGAAAUGUAACUUCCGCUGAAAUUUAGGAAAAUAAGAGCCUGGCCUCUUUGGGUAAUGCUUGAACCAUAAAUUGAGGGUUGAGAAAGACAACAAUAUUAAAAUGAAUCCAUCAAUUAACGUAUUGAUUUGGCACAUAUAUAGAUUAUAUAUUCUGUAGAUUCACUUUGUAUAACUACAGGUAUGAGUUGAUUCGACUAUUUUGAAGUGAUUGCAUUUGUUUCCAGUGCACACACCCAGGCUUUUAUUGUGAAGGCAGCCUGGCUGUACCUCCUGGUGUAUUCUGGUUGAUGCACAGUGUGUGGUGGUUGGUGUCUUGAGGUGCAUUACAAGCAGUAUGGUGUGGAUGGAUGCAGAUUGGCCUGAAAAGCAAUAAUUCCAUCGUGUUACUGCUGCAGCAUUAAGUAUUGCUACUCAGUUAGAGGGGAGGGGACUUCAAUACAUGGUUAACCUCCUGACAUAUUAACUGCAGAUAGAUAGGGGGCUUUGGGGAAAUGUAUAUUAAAGAUGCUUUUUGUUAUUAUGUUUACUAUUAAUGGCAGUAGCAGUGGCUGCAGUAACAGUUGCAAGUAAAAGUUUUUGGUAGCAGCAGCAGAUGUUGUACCAAUAGUAGCAAUACUAGCAGUAGUAGUAUUUUUUUUGCAGAAAGCACUGGGCCUGUGAAAUUCAGACAGUUGAGAAUAAUUUUGCAAAUUAUUUUCUUUUCUCUGAAUAUCAACCUGGAUGAGUUCAGAUAACAGUUGGUUGAGAGACAGUACAAAUAUACUGAUACAAUUCUAGUGUAAAACCAUAAUGAUUUCCUUUAGAGGUCAACUAACAUGAAACUAACAUGACAAAUGUCUGAUAAAUGUCCCGUAGAGGCAACAUCACAAUAGCUACUAUUUUAUGUCUGCAAAAACCUUUUACACAUCCUUCCAUUCAAUCAAGCAGAACUCACUAAAGAGAGAAUGAGAUCAAGGGAGAAUUGAAGAUCAGCAGGCUUAAAGUGACGUUUAAGGUCACAAUAUUACCCCAAAUCAACACCAAGGCCCAAAGUGUGUCAUUGCUAGUAAGAGUAAAAAGUCACAUAGGGAUUUAUUCUAUAACAUAAGGACAAGGAUGUGUCAGCAGAACGUGAUGUGUUAGUUAGGAUUCCUCUUGGUUAGCUGACACCUCUGUCACUAAAUCUUAAAGGGCAGUCUCAAAUGCCAGAGUCCAGAUACUGACAUCCUGGUCUUCUGACUAUUCCAGAAAUAAAUAAGACAACAAUAGGUGGAAGGGCCUUCUCUUACCAAGCCCUUCUUCUUUGGAAUCAUCUUUCUACCUAAAUUUGAGAGGCUAGCCUUCAACCUCACUAGUCAUGUACAGUUUAAGUUGUUACUUUGACCAGCCCGAUUGUUAGCAGCAGUAAUCGACAGUGUAGAAAAUUAAAGUUUCCGCCUUUUCUGCCUCCUAAAUCUGAAGUUAACUGUACAGCCUUGAUUUCCUGUGCGCUAGACCUGAAACUAUUAGUUAAUUAAUUGUUUACUUGAUAGACAUAAAUAAAUGAAUACAUUUUUUUUCAUUAAAUGUUCAUAAUUGAUUAAUUGUUUUUGUAAUUUGUAAGCAAAAAUGGCAAAUAUUUUCUGAUUCCAGCUUCUUAAAUGUGAGAAUGUUCUGAUUUUCUCUUUGUCAUAUGAGUUCUAAAUUGAAUAUCUUAAGGUUUUUGACUGUUGGUUGGGUAAAAAAAGCUAACUGAAGGCUUACUCUGACUAUUUUUGGACAUUUUGUAACCAAAGGAAGUGAUUAUGUGACAUAAUAAUCAAUAAUGAAAAUAGUUGUUCUACUAUUGACUACUUUGACUUCUAUAAUAUACUAUUAUUUUGAUUUAUCUGACCAUUUAGUGUAAAUUAAAGAAAAUCAAUUUCAAAAUUUCCUGUUGCUCAAGUUGUCAUAUUCAGAUUGCAUGUAUCGUCCAACUGUCGAAAACCCGGUGCCCAAAUCCUUACAACUAAGAAUUUGGAGCCAGUGAUGUUUAAUGUUUAAUUUUACUUGAUACAUGACUUCUAAUUGUUGACGGAAAGUCUUCAUUCAUAGUGAAUGUCAUUUACAGCAGCAGUGUCUUUGCACAGUAUUGUGUUCUCUAAUGAGAUCAAUGCUUGAUCUGUCUCUAGACAGUGUGAGAAGGGACCUGUGAGUAUUGGGCCUAACCAUCAUGGCAUUUAGUUUAAAGCCUCAGCAUUGUGGUCAUGCACAUGUUUUUAAAUCACAACUGAUUCAGUGUGUCAGGCGACGUGUCCGUUCUCAGUGCUCAGUUGCUCUUCCUGAUCUCGGAAUGUGUCUCUCAGUGUUACAUAACCUAGGGCCUGCAGAGGCCGGAUGUGCAUAGUUUCUCUGUAUGUUUUCAUGUGUGUGUUUAAUAUGUGUUAGUGUGUAUUGUGUUUUGGUCUUUGGUGUGAGUAUCAUAGAUUUAUAAAAGCCCUGUAUGCAGAUAUCAUAAUUCAUGCAGGUCCUAUUAUCCUAUUAUUAUGUUAUUCAGUUUCCCUUAAUAGACUUUUUCAACACUAUUUUAUCUGCAGCUAUACACUCAGUGAAAAAAGUGUCACUUUAAUGCUUUGGUUGGCUUGUUUUGAAGGUUGUCCAAUGUUGAAGGAUUACAUUUCAACAAUAUAAUUAUAUUGAGAACUUUUCAAGGCAUGCCAACAUCCCGAAAGCCUUUUUUUUUGGUCUAAACUCUCUAAAAAAACAAAACAAAACAAAAAAUCAAGCACGCCAGUUUUUGCUUGUCUAACUCCUAUUCCCAUUGAUGCCAUUGAUACUAUAAAUAUCUGCAACUAUGACAUUUUAAAAAGUGUCUCACUAAAUUCUAAUUAUUUGCUGGUUAAAAUAUUUAUUUAGAAGGGAACAUUUAUCUUAAUGUAAGUUUAUGAUAAUAAUUGCUGCCAUAAUCUCUGAUCCAUUGUGUUUCAAAGUAAGAAGAUUGCUAGUGCAUCUCAUUCGUAAGUAGCAUUUCAGCUCCUGUGUUUAAAUUGAAAUGGCUCCACCUUGAAGUGCUGAGAAAGGGCACAAAUCCCAGCGAAUUUUCUCCGUUGCAAAUGUCUCUGCAGAAACUCGUGUUGACUGUGCAAAACAUUAAUCUUAAGGCUGGUCAUGAACAGACUUUAAAAGAAAAUGGACUUUUAUGUGACAGUGCAGUGGAUUCAAAAGUGUUGUUUUAAAGCCUACAUGUCAGACAGUUCUCUCAAACACUUGAACCUUACGUAAACUCUCCCAGUCAAAGAAACCACUGAUAUUAGUCAUACGACAGUGUGUCUUCACAGCCAGCUGAGCCCACGUGUAGCCUCUGCAGGGCUUUGGUGGUUUGACCUCGUCACGAACCUCCGUGUGAUGUUGAUGCAACAUUUGUGUGAAAGUAUUGCCACGGUUCUCAGUGUUCCUCAGGGAACUGAUCAGGGUCCUUGUCUGUUUCCAAUUAGAAGAAAGACUUGAUUUCUUGAAAUAAUUUAGCUUUUAACACUAGAACUACCAAGGCAGUCAUUUUGACCGUUUUUAAAUUUUACAGUGUAAUAACUUUGUUAAAAUAAAAUCAAUGUGGCUGUAGGACUCUGACUUUUCCUAAAUAUGGGUAUAUUUUAUUCUGACACUGUUAUUUUAUUAAAAUCACAAAACACAAAACAGUUCUGACUAUUUCUACCUAGAAUGACCAUGGCGGUCAUUUUGACCGCACGCAUUAUAGAUAUCAUAUUUAAGUCCGCUACAUUUCCCGCCAUUGGUAAUGAGCGUCCCCGUUGCAUAGCAACGAUUUGUCCUUCUUUGUUUAUGCUAUUCCAACCCUAUAAGUUAUACAUUUGAGCUAACAAAAUGUCAUCAAGAAGAACAAUGACAGCCACAGAGGCUUUAGCCAUGCUUCGGAGGCUCGACGAUGAGGACUCUGAUGGAGGAGCAGGUACGGAUAGGGACAGCGAUGUCUCUUGGUCCCUGGACAGUUCAUCCAGCUCUGAGAGUGAUUCAGAUAAUGAAUUCAUUCCCCGUCGAAAAAAGAGCCGGCUGGACAUCUCCGAUCCUGGAACUGACCUUGUUCCAUCGGAUAAUAUUCCAGUACAAAAUCCUGAUCCAUCAGAUGUGUCUGCUGUGCCAAGACAAUCCAGUCCGCCACGAGAUGAGGAAGCUGGCCCAAUAAACCCACUUUCAGCCGAGAGGCGUGAAACGGCGAAAGACGGCACAGUGUGGACCUUUAUAGAGUCGGGUGAAGACAGAGGAAGGCGACAAUGUCAAAACGUAAUAACAGAAGCGGCAGGCCCCACAGCGCACGCCAAGCGCAAUAUUGAAGAUGCUCUUACAGCCUUUUUGUGUUUAGUGGAUGAGGGCAUGCUGAAACACAUCAGGGACUGCACCGUGGCUGAGGCCCACCGAGUCAAGGAGGACAAAAUAUGGGACAUGUCAGUUGAAGAGCUAAAAGCCUUCAUUGGUCUAAUUUACAUUCGUGGUGCGCAAGGUGGAAAAGGCAUGGACUUAGCGAGCUUUUGGUCAGCCGAGUGGGGCUGCGCUUUUUUCAAAGAGACCAUGUCCCGAAACAGGUUUCAGGAAAUAAUGAGAUUCCUGCGUUUCGACAGAAGGGAAACUCGACGCACACGCCUGCAAGACAACAAGUUUGCUUUGAUGAGUGAUGUUUGGGACAGAUUUGUCCAAAACUGCAUCGUCUGCUACAAGCCCGGUGCAGACAUCACUGUGGAUGAGCAGCUAUUCCCGACAAAGUCAAGGUGCAGCUUCAUGCAGUAUAUUGCAAACAAACCGGACAAAUUCGGAAUAAAAUUCUGGCUUGCUGCGGAUGUUGACACCAAAUACAUGGUAAACGGCGCGCCUUAUCUGGGCAAAGACGAGACGAGGAGGCCAGGUCAACGACUUGGAGACAGUGUGGUGCUAAAAAUGGUCGAGCCAUACCUGGGGAAGGGAAGAAACGUAACCACCGACAAUUUCUUUACUUCAUUUGAACUGGCCAAGGCACUUCAGGCCAAGAAAACCAGCUUGGUUGGCACGGUAAACAAGACCAGACGAGAGCUCCCCCCGUGCGUAAAGGCGCAAAGGCCGCUGUUCAGCACAGAGGUGCUGAAAAGUGGAGAUGCAACACUGACCGUGUAUCAGUGCAAAAGAAAAAAGAAUGUCUGCAUCCUCAGCACUGUCCACACAGCUGUUGGCAUCACAAGUGGCCACAAAAGCAAGCCAGAGACGGUCACGUACUAUAACAAGACCAAGGUAGGAGUAGACGUCCUGGAUCAAAUGGCCAGAAAAUACUCUGUGAAAGCACCCUCCCGUAGAUGGCCAGUAGCCGUGUUUUAUAACAUCCUCGACCUGGCUGCAAUCAACGCGCACAUAUUGUUUAAGAAGUGCACAAAUGAGAAAGUUUCGCGGAGGGACUUCAUCACGCGACUGGCGAGUGAACUUCGCUCCGACCACAUCAGCUCAAAAGCCACACAACUGGUGGUGCGAGAGCCAGGACCCGGGCAGGAGCAGCAGCAGAUGGAGAGAAGAAGGCAGUGCCAAGUAAGGAGGAACUGCAAAAAAAAUAAAACCAAGGAGACAUGUGCCAAAUGUCACAAAGUAGUGUGUGGAAGCUGCACACGAAAGGCGGUGUUUACCUGUGUGGACUGUGCGUAAGCGUCAGUGAAUGAUGCUGGGUGUUUGCGCCGUUCAAAUGAGCCCACUUGGAGGAAAACGUGUUUAUCUGAUUUUGUUCAUUAUUACUAAUCGUUCUAAAGCAGUUCGUUUUCUUGUUUAGCUAAUGUUCAUGUUUUUCUGAGCCUGUUUUUGUGUGUACUAGAUUGUGUUGCAUACGUGUCCCUGAAAGUUUUUACAAUGUAUUCAAAUGUAUAUAGGUAAUGUUUUUGUUAUUGUAUAUAUGUUAGAAGUUAUUGUAUCAUAAGAUUUGUUUUUUAUUGUACAAAGAAAAUAAGAAAAUAUUUAUCAAUUUGGCUGGAAAAUACAUUUUCACAUUCAUUUAAAUUUAAAUUUUGUGUCCUGAUAUUUAUUAUAACCUAUCGUAACAUUGUAGAUCAAUUUAUUUUUAGAUUUUGUAUUGAUUAUUGAACUUAUUACAAACAGGGCUGUACUAAACGGUAUGAAGCUUUGACGUUUCCUAACUUUUUUGCAUGUCUAUUCACGUGGUGAGUGCGGUAAAAAAAAUAUUUUUGACGCAGAACUUUCCUCACACAGAGAGGCAGCCCCUGUCGGGGCAAUCUUUAUUUUAUGCUCUUUAAGGGCGAUGACGUCAUAACAUGACAACAGGAAUUAAAAACUUCAUUGGAAAACUUAAAGAGAAGGUUAAAAUGUAGAUAUGAUAUGACGAAAAUGACGUUCAGUACGGCCAUAUGAGCGUCAAAGUAUGAACGGUCAGAAUGACCGCUAUGGUCGUUCUAGUAGUUAUGGAAUUCUGGUAGUUCUAGUGUUAAGGGCAGCAGUGUCAAAGUAAAAAAAGUACAUUUAUUCAUGUACUGUUACACUUUGUUACUUCUACUUCAUAUGAAUGUAAUAAAUCUAUGAAGGGUCUGUAUCAAGAUUGUUUGUUUAUGCAUUUUUGUUAUUUUUUGUUUGUGUUUCUUUGAUAAUACUAUUUGCUUAUAUUUUGCAAUCAGGUUUAUGGAUCUAUUAUAUGUUUAAUAUUGUAUGUGUAAUAAUAAUGCAAUAAUACAUACAAUACAUAACUCAAAUGGUUAUAUGCAUGACAAAUACUUAUUUUUGACAGGACACACAAUUACUAGAUAAAACUGGUUAUUUUUACUUGUAUUCUUGAUGGAGAAUACUACCACUUUGAAAGGACAUCACAGUAUUCCUACUUUUGAUAUUACAGUAAAUUUUAUUGCUAAUACUUUUACUUAAGUCAUUUUUACUUGUUUACUUUCUUGCAUCUUUUAAUUAUGUACAAUAUCUCAAUAUUUCUUGCUGCUGUAGGGUUGUGAUUGUGAUCUGUGAUUCUGAGUGUAAGGGCAUUGUGGGUCAUUGUGUUUCUGGAAGGAAAAUAAAUAUGUGCAGCGGUUCUUUUUUUGAGACUUUUGAGUCACACACCACACAGACACACAAAGACACACAUAGCUUUUGCCCUCUAGCUUUUUAUGGUAGUUCUGUUCCUUUCAUGGCUCUCGGCCUGCAAUGCUUCACUGAUUAAAAGGCACCCAGAUGACUGUAUGAGAAGCUGUGAGUGUGUGUGUGUUUAUUGCUGCAGUGGAUAAAUGUUGCCCAGGCCUGCUCUGUAUUUUGUGCUCACUGCUCUGACUGUGAAAAAGUACUGAGACCUGCUGGGACAUCAUCAAUAUACUGUGGACAUUUUCACUGUGCUGUUGUGUGGAAGUGAACAACAGUCUGGUAAUUACAUGAUGGUAGUUCAUCUGCUGAAUUUGAAAGAGGCAUAUGGAGCGAGGGGAAGAGGCAAUAACUUUCUCCAGCAAGUAUAACAAAUGCAAUACAGAACAAAUGUCAAUAUUUUGAUUAUAGUUGAAUGCCAUAAACAUAUAAACCUUCAAGACUGAAGUUGAAUGAAUGCAUCAGUGAUUCCUCCAUCAACACAGACUCUGAGUCUCUGUUGUCCUUGCAGUUCCAGGGUUAAUGGCAGAAACAUUCAGCUUGAUGAAGAUAUUAGUACACUGCCUUAGAAGAUUAGGGUUGGGUACUGAAACACUCUACCAUAUAGGACCGGUUCUAAUAUGACCGGACUGAAUCACAACACAGAUGUCAGUGCCUCGUAUUGGUUUAUGUCACAGGCAACAAAGGCAUCACCAUACAUGUGACAACACACACAGUACAGCAACACUAUCUCUACAUGCUCUUAACAGCAUGUAGCUUACCCAUAGAUUGUGUCCUCCUUAAACACAGUUCAAAUGCAGAGCUAAACGGUCUAAAAUGUGGCUGUAAUUCACUUGAAAGGUUUCCAGCACCAGGCGGGACGUGCAACAAAUGUUUCAAAACAAGUGUGUGUAAAGGGAUGAACCAUAUGGUGAUGCAUGGAAUACGUGUGUGUGUGACCCCCUUGCCAAGCACAUCAGUCGGCAGUGUGGAUGUCCCUGGCCCCUGGUCAUGGGGUGCAUAGAUCUGAAUUGUCGAUGUGACGUGUAACUGUUAGAGUUAAAUUACUGUAGUUGGCUUGGGCUUUAUUUUUUAUGUUAACUUGUUUUGUUGCCAUUUUAAAAGUAUUGUACAGUAUUAGAAAAAUCCAAAGUGGCAGCCCUAAUAGCAUUCCAGGUGUGCUGGUUGGUACACUGCGUAUUGGCUUACUGGCAGAGCUAAAUGGAAUGGAGCCAUCAUUAGUGUUACAAGUUACAACUGUACUUUUCCUACUGUGACAAGUCACAAUGCCAGUUGACAAGAUUUUGUUGUUGUUACACAUACAGUGUAAAGCGUUUUGGCUCAUGUAAUACAGUGGAAUAGUGGAACACAGUUUACUUCACAGAACAUCAUUGUAAUAUUGUAACAUAUGUGAUAUUGUAUAUGUUUUGUGUAUAUUAUCUAGAUGAUCAAAUUCAGGAAAUAUAUCAACAUCAUGAUAUUCAUUAUCGUAUCAUUAAUUAAUUACAGCCAACAUACUAUAUUUAAACAGAACUGAUAGUAUACAUGUGUCAAGACUAGAGUUGAACAAUUCCAGGAAUAGUCAGGGUGGAAACCUUUGAUGGGAAUUAACAGGAAUUUAUGAAAACCUAUGGGAAUUUAUGGGAAAUAACCUUAAUGAAAUAGAGCUAUAGAGAUGAUUUACCAUGGGAUGUGUAUAUAGAAACAUACCAUUCACCAUAUCAUAAAAAGACCUAAUUGAAAAGGGCGGGACUCUCUCCUGGUGUAGAGCUUAGUCUCGAUACCAGAAUUUUAGUUGUUGAUUCCAAUCCAAGUGAAAUUCCACAAUUCUCUGUACCAAAUUUGAUCCCAUGACAAAAAACAAAAGAACAAAUCUCAUGUACUACAACAUACACUCCUUUGUUAAAACAUUUGAACAUGGCAUGUAGUCUUAAAGUGAUAAAUAAAAAGAAACUACUCAGUA